AUGUCUGUUUAUUUACCAACUGUGAUCCUAGAUCCAUUUGAUAAGCUCCGACCAUUUCCGUCUGACCCCAAGAAUAUAUUUCAAUCCCACUGGCAUGAGUUGGUGCUUUCUGCUUUAUUCUACUAUAUUGUGCAAUCCUUAUCAGGUCCUGUAUGUUCAUUCUUCCUUGGUUCAAGAUAUACCAGUCUACCCAGAAAGACCCGUAUUGACUUCGAUGUCCACAUAACGUCAAUGGUUCAGUGCGCUGUUUCCGCUGUGCUCAUGUUUUACCAUUUCAACAAUCCACAUUGGCAGAAUAGAUUGAAUGAUCCUGUCAACUCGUUAUUGGGAUCUACUCCAUUUGGUUCAAUGGUGAUUUCUGUCACUGCUGGGUAUUUCGUUUGGGAUUUGUUGAUGUGUUUAAAGUAUUUCGACUUGUUUGGUAUUGGAUUUCUGCUUCAUGCAAUUGCUGCAAUGUAUGCAUUCUGUUGUGGGUUUGUUCCUUAUUGUCAGCCAUGGGCGGCAGCUUUCCUUUCUUUUGAGUUGAGUACUCCAUUUGUGAACAUGAACUGGUUUGCCUCCCGCAUGCCAGAAGGAACUUUCAGUGACAAGUUUGUGGUAAUUAAUGGGUUAUUGUUGAUAGUUGUGUUCUUUGUAGUCAGAAUUGUGUGGGGACUUUACGCUGUUGUGCAGUUAGCAAAAGAUAUGACAUGGUCUUUAGACCAGGUCAGUAUAUUCGCCCCUGCGACAAUUUUGGCUAUGAACUUUGCGUUGAACACGUUAAACAUUUUCUGGUUCUACAAAAUGGUCAGAAUAGCCACAAAGAAGGUUAAGGGACAAAGCUCAACUAGAAAAGCUGCAAAAGCUGCUGAUAAGGUGGAGUAA